CUAGAUCUAGAUCUAGUCAAAGUUGAAAAAUUUAAACAUUAAAAAAAAAUCUGGGCUAGAUUUAGGGACACGGUGUGUACUUUAGUUGGCCUAGAUCUAGAUUCAGACUCUACACACAACACGUCGACGAUUGGCGAACGAAGCAGCGACAUAUUUCUGCUUUUAAAUGAGACAAGUGAAAUCCACUAGUUUUGAGUUCUUUGAACCAGAUCAGAUAGAACAAGCUAAUGUUGUGGACCACUUGAUAUCAAUAACAAGGGAAAAUUACUCUAAGGCUGGUGGUGAAACAUGGGCUUGUGCAUGGGCACCAGAUGAUUCAUAUUUUGCCUGGUCCAGUGGUCAUCACAUGUUACAUAUUAUUCCAUGGGAUUCUGAAAAACACAAAAGACAAAAUCCAGGAGAUACAGAAGGACUAAAAGGUAGAAAUUAUCAUUUGAUUGAUGUUGGUGAAAAUAUCUGGUCUCUCGCUUUUGGAUCUGGUCUCUCUCAAAUCCCAGUGGGCUCAAGUUUAUAUCGGCAUUGCAAGUUUGACCAUUGUAUCAUUUUAGCCACAGGUUUGGCUAGUGGAAGAAUUAAACUGUGGAACUGCCUUGCUGGUAAUCUUAUGAUUGAACUUAUAGAUCAUCGUGACACAGUACGCUGCUUAGAUUUUACCAAAGACGGAAGCCUUCAGCUGCUUUCUGCCUCCAGAGAUGGCACUCUCAAACUGUGGGACUUGCACAAUGAAGGGAAUAUGUACAGCACAUUUAAAUCUCCACCCACAAUGUUUUAUGGAUGCAAAUUCUCACCAAAUGGACAGUUCAUUGCUGCUGUUGGUAGCUGUAAAAUGGUAUACCUUUGGGCCAACAAUAGGCUGAAUUCACUUCCGUAUAGACUUGACGGCCACUGUAAUGAAGUUGUCAGUUGUGACUUCAGCUUAGAUUCUGCACUUUUGGCCACUGCAGCUUAUGACACGAAAAUCAUCAUUUGGGAUACAUACCGUAUGGAGAAACUUAGAUGUCUUGGGCACCUUCAUCCAAGCCCAAGACUGAUAUUUGCUGGUGGUGCUAAUGACCAUUAUGUCCGUAAUGUUUCCUUCUGUAGUGAUGGCCAAACCCUUUCAUCAGUAUGUGAUGACAGUUAUGUCCGUUUCUGGAACAUCAGUGAGCCAGGUGAUCCGAGGAAUAUUUCAAUAGUCCCUGAUGCUGUUUCCUGCCAGUUUUCUCAUGAUGGUCAUGUUCUUGCUGUUGGGUGUCGAAAUGGUGAUGUAAAAUUUUUUCAACCAAAAAAAUCCAUCCCCACUUUACUGCGUUUGUGCCGGCAGGUUAUCCGCAGAGAGUUAUUGUCUGGACACACGCACUUGCUUCCUUUACCAUCUAUGCUGAUAGAUUUUUUGCAUUACAAGGACUUGCUUCAUUGUUAAAAAUCUGUGACUCUACUGUUAAAAAGUAAAUUCUGUUUUAAUUCUGGUGCUAAACAUUUUGAAAACCCAUGAAACGCUGCUUACAAAGUAAUUUUAUUUUAAAAAUGCAGGAACAUGUUAUUUUUCCACCCAAAUGUAGCCAAACCAUAAACGCAGUGUCACUAUUCAUAUUUAAUUUACAGUAUCUGCUCUGGUUUAGCAUUGUGAAAGAUGCAUUGGUGUAUUUAAUUCUUUAGAUCUGCACUGUGUGAUAUGUAUACAACGGUUCAAUCCUUUUUAAAACUGCCCAAUUUUUUCCUCAUAAUUAAAUAAUGAAAGGCAUUCAUUUAUAAAUUUUUGGUAAUUUAAAUUAUUUACAAUGAUUGUAAAAGAACAAAUAAUUUAUAUAGGUUUAAAUUACUGUGAAUAAAAUGCUUAAUUUUGUGCAGUGAGAGCUAUUACAGAUUUAUGAACAGCCAUAGAGCUACCCUCCAUGACUGUAUAAUAUAUUUGCAUUAUCAUGUUAUUCAAGAUUUUAAACAAGUGCUUAUGUAUAUUGUAGAGGGCCAUAUAAAUCACAACCUAUUAAGUACUAAAUUCCUAAGUGAAUCAAGUUUUGGAUUUGUCAGUUUUUAUUUAUGUUCUGUAAUUAUUUGCUUUUUUAGCAAGUUUUUAAAUUGAUUGAUUUUAUUUGAUACUUGCCAUGAGAAUGGCUCAGUAUUCACCUCACUGGCAGGCAGCGCAGACUUAAACUUUACCUGUAGAUAAGCUAAGUUUACCAAAUAGAUUCUCACAGUAUUAAGCUAUUACAAUCAAGUGAUUUUAAUUUGAAUAUCAAUAAGAAAUACUCAUGUUUUCAUUGUAUAUUUUAGCCAUUACAUUAAUUCAAAGUAAUUCAAUGGAAUUGUAAAAAUUAUCACUUUGCAUGUCCAUAAAUGGAUACAAAUACUUAAAACUGCUGUUGGUUAGCUUAACUACGGGUUAAAGGGGAAUAUUUGUAGCAAUUUUUACAGUGAUCGUUAGGAAAUGAUCUAGUCUGGAGGAGAAAAAUCUGAUUUAUUCACAUAACUUUUCCCCCACAUAUUUCAACAUUUUUACAUUUCUUUUUUUGUUCAUGACUUUAAUUAAAGCCUAAUCUCCAUAAUGCUUUCAAAUGACCUGGUUAGGUGAUGCUGUGCAAUUCUAUAUUUUUGUGUGCAUUAACAUUCAUGUAAUGCGUAAUUAAAUAAAAUGAUUAGAAGAAUUUUAUCCUGUGAUUUAUGAAAACAAAUGUGUGGAUAAGCUGUUUUAAUUUUGAACCAUAUACUAGAUACAACUGAAUAUCACAAAUCAUAAUAUACAUAGCAAUCUGAUAUGCACAUUGUGAGAUAUUUACAUAGUUGAUGAAGCAUGUUUUAUAGGUAGGAGACAUGAUUAAGAUGAAUGCAACAACUAGAAUGAUGUGUUAAAUAUCUCCUUGAAAACCUUGUGUAAAUGUAUGUGGGCUUUGUUUUAUCUCAAAUAAAAACAUUCAAAUCUAGUGUGUGAUAUUUUUUUCAUCAAGAGCACCAUCUGGAAUGUACACACUUAGAUCUGAUUAGUUCUGUGUAGAAUCAAAAUAGGUUGGAAAUUUGGUAUUUUGUACAACUAAAUCAUAAAACAGACUCAACCUUUGGAUUGGCUUAUGAAUAACUACUUUUUGAUCCAUGUUCAGUAAUUAAAAAAAAAAAUCUGACAAAAAGAACAGAGAUAUUUAACAUAUCAAUAAAAUAUACAUGAAAUACAUCUCUUAAGAAAAGAAAGGAUGAACAUUUACACACAAUUACAUGAAUGAAAUCAAUAUCUAGUACCCAUUUCACAAAUAAACAAAACAAACACUGCCAUUUAGUUAGUAACAUUGUAUCACAUAAUUGUAUAUGUAACAAACUAGAAUUCAAGUUUUUCAUGCAACUCAUUUUUAUCACUCUAUUAAGUAGCUGGAGUAAUUUGGUUCAAUGGGAGAGGAUGGUAGGUGUUACUGGUUUGUUGAGGGGAAAGGUGAGCAGUCUUGUGGACAGGAAAGAAUCCUUUGUAUGCUAUAAUCUGGAUAAGAGGGGUUGGGUGU